GAGAAACUCAAGUAAUACCGAGGAGGACCACGCGCCACAGAAGACGGAUGAAGGCACAAGACAUGAUCCAAAAACUGAGGUGCCUGCGGAUACACUCCAAGCUUCAUUCUCACAGGUAAUGGAAGAGAUAACCGUGGAAGCCCUGACAGACAGCAGAUAAUAUGCCAUCGGAUUCGGUACGGAUCACGCUGUGUGGCACGAUAUGGCACGCGUAAAGAUGGGUCUUUUUGCUCUCCUGUGUCUCCCCGCGUGCCUCGUGCUCACCCACAGCAGCAGCAUCCACGAGAGGUCGGCGGUACCCCGCGCCGUGUCCCGCUCCGUGGCCCGCAUGGAUGGGGACGUCAUAAUUGGCGCCCUCUUCUCUGUCCACCACCAGCCGUCCGCCGAGAAGGUGGCAGAGCGAAAGUGCGGGGACGUCCGAGAGCAAUAUGGUAUCCAGAGGGUGGAGGCCAUGUUCCACACGCUUGACCGCAUCAACGCCGAUCCACACCUGCUCCCCAACAUCAGCCUGGGCUGUGAGAUCCGAGACUCUUGCUGGCAUUCAUCUGUGGCCCUGGAACAGAGCAUUGAAUUUAUCCGGGACUCCCUUAUUUCAAUUCGGGAUGAUAAGGAUGGGUCCAAAUGGUGCAUCGACGGAACCCCCUCUAAUCAACCACCGCCUUCUAAAAAACCCAUAGCAGGAGUCAUUGGCCCCGGAUCCAGCUCUGUGGCCAUUCAGGUGCAAAACCUGUUACAGUUAUUCAACAUCCCACAGAUCGCCUACUCAGCCACAAGCAUCGACCUAAGUGACAAGACUUUGUUCAAGUACUUCCUGAGGGUGGUUCCUUCAGACACUCUGCAGGCCCGGGCCAUGCUGGAUAUCGUUAAGCGUUACAACUGGACCUACGUGUCUGCUGUUCACACUGAGGGAAACUAUGGGGAAAGCGGCAUGGAAGCAUUCAAGGAACUGGCCUCUCAAGAGGGCCUUUGCAUCGCCCACUCGGACAAGAUCUACAGCAACGCUGGGGAGAAACACUUUGAUCGCCUUUUGAGAAAACUACGGGAACGUCUACCCAAAGCCCGUGUAGUGGUGUGUUUCUGCGAAGGCAUGACUGUCCGCGGUCUCCUGAUGGCUAUGAGACGACUUGGGGUGUAUGGGGAAUUCCUCCUUAUUGGCAGUGAUGGCUGGGCUGACCGCUAUGAAGUUGUCGAGGGUUACGAACAAGAAGCAGAGGGUGGGAUUACCAUGAAGCUGCAAUCAGAGGUAGUGAAGUCCUUCGAUGAGUAUUACCUGAAGCUGCGCAUCGACAAGAACACCAGGAACCCCUGGUUUGCCGAGUUCUGGCAGUAUCGAUUCCAGUGUCGCCUCCCUGGGCAUCCGCAGGAAAACAAGAACUUCAAAAAAGCCUGCUCUGGAAACGAGGGCCUACAUGAGAACUACAUUCAAGACAGCAAGAUGGGUUUUGUCAUCAAUGCAAUCUACGCCAUGGCUCACGGCCUCCAUGAUAUGCAUAAGGAGCUGUGUGCAGGACAGACAGGACUGUGUGAGGCAAUGGAUCCAAUUGAUGGCAGCAAGCUACUGGACUACCUGCUAAAGACGUCCUUCAGAGGAGUGUCAGGGGAGGAGAUUUACUUUGAUGAAAACGGAGACACCCCAGGCAGAUAUGACAUCAUGAAUCUUCAGAAUGUGGGUGAAGAUCGCUUUGACUAUAUAAAUGUAGGGUCCUGGCAUGAAGGCAUUCUUAACAUAGAUGACAACAAGCUGUGGAUGAACAGUAGUGAGAUGGUUCGCUCAGUCUGCAGUGACCCCUGCUCCAAAGGACAGAUAAAGGUGAUAAGGAAAGGUGAGGUGAGCUGCUGUUGGAUUUGCACGACCUGCAAGGACAAUGAGUAUGUUCAAGAUGAGUUUACCUGCAAGGCCUGUGAGCUGGGAUGGUGGCCUGAUGAAGAACUGGAAGGUUGCCAGCCUCUGCCUCUGAAGUAUCUUGACUGGGCUGAUGUGGAAUCCAUUGUAGCAGUCGUUUUCUCCUGUGUUGGCAUCCUGAUCACCUCCUUUGUUACCUUUAUUUUCAUCCAGUACCGUGACACACCUGUGGUUAAGUCUUCCAGCAGGGAACUGUGUUAUAUCAUCUUGGCAGGAAUAUUCUUGGGUUACAUCUGCCCGUUCACCUUAAUCGCUCGUCCCACAGUUACCUCCUGCUACCUGCAAAGACUUUUGGUAGGACUUUCUUCUGCCAUGUGCUAUUCCGCCCUGGUGACUAAAACAAACCGAAUUGCCCGGAUUCUGGCUGGCAGCAAGAAGAAGAUCUGCACCAAGAAACCACAUUUCAUGAGUGCCUGGGCCCAGGUCGUUAUUGCCUUCAUGCUUAUUAGCGUUCAGCUAACUCUGGAGAUAACACUCAUUAUUCUGGAGCCUCCUGAGCCCAUCAAAUCAUACCCUAGCAUACGUGAGGUCUACCUAAUUUGCAACACCAGCAACUUGGGUAUGGUGGCACCCCUGGGCUACAAUGGCCUGCUUAUAAUGAGCUGCACCUACUAUGCCUUUAAGACACGGAACGUUCCUGCCAAUUUCAAUGAGGCCAAAUAUAUUGCCUUUACAAUGUAUACUACCUGCAUCAUCUGGCUUGCCUUUGUGCCAAUCUAUUUCGGCUCUAACUACAAGAUCAUAACCACAUCCUUCUCUGUCAGCCUCAGUGUAACAGUAGCCCUAGGCUGCAUGUUCACACCCAAGAUGUACAUUAUCAUUUCCAAACCUGAGAGGAAUGUCCGAAGCGCAUUCACAACAUCCGAUGUGGUGCGAAUGCAUGUUGGUGACGGGAAGUCGGCUCAGUCUCAGAGCAACAACAUCUUUAACAUGUUCCGUCGGAAGAAGGCUGUGUCUGGAAAUCCCAAUUCUAAUGGAAAGUCUGUGUCCUGGUCUGAAUCAGGUCCAAGACACCCUCCGAGGGGGGGGAAUGUGUGGCACAGACUGUCUGUGCAUGUGAGGAAACAGGAAGCCGGCUCGAAUCAGACAGCGGUCAUCAGGCCCCUAACUAACACCCCCGACCCCCACAGUUGUGAGCCAUCCAGCGACAACCUUGGCACAGAUCCCCCACCUUCCCAGGACACACCUGGCGCCAAGCCUCUGUGCAAUCAGGCGGAAGAAAACGACGAGGUGGAUUCACAGCGCCCCCUCUGGACUCCAUCUUGCUCAGAAAAGAUGCAAGGACUGGAAUUUGGUUUAGAUGAGCCGGCUUCUAAUUUGCCCUGUGACUUAACACCCCCUGCCCAUGAGUGCUUGCAGGGGGCAAUGGUGGACACACACAGCUCCCACGCUCCCGCACUUAAAAACCACACUAUCAGGGAGCAUAUUCCUUCCAACAAGCCUUUGAGCUUAAUACCCCCUCAGCUUUCUUCAGCCCCAAGGCUGGGUGACUUUGAGGACGAAGGUUCUGAGGAUGAGGAACUGGAUCUCUUGCACAGUUAUAUUUAUGAUGCCAAGGAAGAGAAGGAGGGGGAGGUAGGAGAAGGUAAGGACUUCAUUAAAAAUAAGACCACUCUGGAAGAGUCCCUGGCUCUGUCUCCUCCCUCCCCCUUUAGAGACUCAGUGUGUUCAGGGGAGUCAGCAAACGGCUCUCCCAUCAUAGAUUCCAUGCUUGGUAGCUCGCUCUACACCUCAAGUAUCCUCCAAAACUUUGCACACAGCUCUUCAACACUGUGAGAGCAAAACCGGCAAAGCUCCGGUGGCUAUAAGCAGACAUUACCACAGAAGCAUCCAGACACACUCAGAAGCAACUUUUCAAAGUUUUCAUUAAGUAAGUAGCUUGCUUGGUUCAUUUCUUUUAAUUACUAGGUGAGUAAAAAGAGUGUAAGUAGAAAUACACAAGGAAUUCUUUAGCUUAAGAGUGCUUUUGGAAAGGGCGUGUAAACAGACAAUGCUUAUUGAAAAAAUUAAGAAUAGGGAAGAGUGCCAAAACCAAUUACAGGCUUGCUCUAUGAAGCAGGUUUGGUGGCUUUUUGCUGUAGGUUAGGCUUCCAAUGUAAGAUCAUCAGGAGAGCUGGACAAGGAUUUUCUUAUUUUUAACUGAGCAGGACUACUGUACAUCUUUUAGAACAAAAAAGAAA